CAUCAAUCAUCUAUUACUACCAACUACUUCAAACUCUACUUCCUACUCUACCACCUGUUUGUCUUCACUCCCAAUCACCAUUUCUUCAUCUGUCAAUUCUAAUGUUGUGUUUCUGUGGUAUUUAAUGCAUGCCAUCUCUCCUCUAUAAAAUGGCCAACAUGUGUGACAUACCGGCGACUUGUUCUUCGUCUUCUCCACCGGCAACCACCGAUGAUAUUUCCCUUUUCCUCCGCCAAAUCCUACUUAAAUCAUCAUCAUCUUCUUCUUCUUGGCCGUCUUUUGCUACCAAACAAUUGCAAUGUGAAAUCCCACCACUACAACCAGUUUAUUCAUCCGGGUUACCCGUACCAGAUCGUAUCCCCACCUUCUCUACCUCCAGUGGUGCUUAUUUGCCGGCGAAUGCGGUGGCGUACGUCUCGUCUUCUUCCGUGGGGACGAUAGAUAAUGAUCCGGAUGAAUAUGACUGCGAAAGCGAGGAGGGUUUCGAAAAUUUGAUGGAAGAAAUGGCGGAAAAAUCUAACCCUCCUCGUAAUCCUUCCAAACGAACCAGAGCUGCAGAGGUUCAUAAUUUGUCAGAGAAGAGGAGGAGGAGCCGGAUAAAUGAGAAAAUGAAGGCGUUGCAGAAACUGAUCCCCAAUUCAAAUAAGACGGAUAAGGCUUCCAUGUUGGAUGAAGCCAUUGAAUAUCUCAAGCAGCUUCAGCUCCGAGUACAGAUGUUAACGAUGAGGAAUGGAAUAAACUUGUGUUCAAUGUCUGUACCAUCUGGAGUUAUUCAGCCACGACAACUCCCCCGUUCAAGAAUUGGCUUGAACGAAGGAAACAAACCUGCAGACAUGGCACCACUGAACCAAGAAAUGCACAUGAAUCCCAUGAUCAGCCUCCCAAUGCAUUGCUCCAACCAAAGCCAGCCAUCAAUCCCUGAUUUUUCACAUAUAAUAAAUCCGGGACCUUCAUCCAGACACGAAUCUUCUUUCGGUACUCAACAUGGAUCAUUUGGUUUCCCUAAUCCCCCCACGGAAUUUUGCAGGGAGGGAGUGUUUUCGUGCCACCGGACUGAUAUAAAUAGCAACGAAUCCAAUUCGUUAGUAUCUCAAAUGGGAGGGAAAGCAAAAGCAAGCAGCCAUUCAGCCAAGAAUCUGAGGGGGUUCAGCUCAACUAACGAAUUCACACCAGGGGUUAUGAGGAUGUAAAGAGGUACAAGAAUACCAUGAAUUUGAGCUUUCCUUUAACUCUUGACUUGGUUUUACUUGUACUACUACUAUUAGAAGAACGUUGUGUAUAUAUUUGUUUUGUUA